CGGUCCUUCUUCAGGUUUAAAUGCUCGCGCGAACUCUGAGUUGAGAGAGUAUAGAGGGGGGAAUUAGUAAUAAAUCAGCAAUAAACGCUGCAGAAGAGAAGAAGAAGAAGAAGAUGUCAGCGGAGAGGCCUCUCCAGGAGCUGCCGUGUCUGAGUGAGAAUCUCGAUGGCUCCCUGUUGUGCAUGUCACAGUCCAAAGCGACGAAAAGGCCGUGUGUGUAUGGAGACGGACUACACGCUGAAAACACUCCUCACGAGCUAAUCCAGCACUGGUCUCCUCCCCGUAAACAGCCACGGCCCUGCACCAAGGGCAAAGAGAACGGCUUUGUCCUCGCCAGACGCUCCAGGAGGAGUAGAGACACAGCGGGUGCUUUGUGUUGGGACACUCUCCCAGACGAACUGCUGUUGGGGAUUUUCUCUCGUCUCUCGCUGUUAGACCUUCUCAGAACGUCCCGCGUCUGCAAGCGCUGGCAUCGAUUGGCGUUUGAUGAGUCCCUGUGGAUCAGCGCUGACUUGGCAGGAAAAGCCCAGUUGAACGGCGAGCUGGGUCAGGUGCUCAGCGCGGGGGUGUCGAGGCUGCGCUGUCCGCACUCCUGCAUCGGUGAACCCUGCUUUAAGAACUCGCAACUCCUGCGUGUCCAGCAUUUGGACCUGUCCAGCUGCACCGUGCAGACGUCUGUGCUGGAGGACAUCCUGUCGCGCUGCAGACGUCUGCAGAACCUCAGCACGGAGGGACUCCUGCUCUCGGACUCCAUCCUCCGAUCUUUGAGCGAGAACACGGAGCUGGUGCGGCUGAACCUGUGCGGUUGCUCUGGUUUCUCUGCGGAGUCUCUGACUGAGAUGCUUCAGUCCUGCACCAGGCUCGAGGAGCUGAACGUGUCGUGGUGUGACUUCAGCAGUGAACAUGUUCAGGCUGUUGUUAACAACAUCCCCUCCACAAUCACUCAGCUCAACAUCAGCGGCUACAGACAGAACCUCACUAUGGAUGAUGUAAAGGUUUUGGUGGAAAGAUGUCCAAAGAUCACACACUUGGAUUUGAGCGACAGCGUCCUCGUGACCACAGACAGCUUCCCCUUCCUGCAGCAGCUCUCCUCAUUGAGACAUUUAGCGCUGAGCCGCUGCUACCAGAUUCACCCAGCCGCCCUUGUAGAGUUUGAGAAGUUUGCGUCUCUGCAGACCCUGGAGGUGUUUGGUCUGAUACAGGACAGCUCCCUGCCCAUCCUGAGUAAAGGAUUGCCACGGAUACAGCUCAACACCCAGCUGUUCUCGGGCGUGGCUCGUCCCACUACAGCUUCACGGAAAGCGCGCACGCUGUGGGGAAUGCACUGUCGACUGGUGUAUAAACCCUAACCAGCGCUCCAUCACAAUUUAAGCUAGGAGCAAGAUAAGAGGUGACUUCUAGGCUGUUUUAAAUAACGAAUAGAUCUGUGAUAAUGUGGUAACCUUGUGAAGUCAAUGUUUUCAUGGCGAUAUCAACUAGCCUAUGUUGUAUAAAUCAAGUCUCACUCGUAAGAAACGGAUUUUUUUUUUUUCCCCCACCGUCAUCGGCCUUCGUAUUGACUGUAGAUGUGCAUCCACACUUUUGCACUUUCAACUGGUUACAACUCGUUUCUGUGAGCAAAGAACAUGAAUUUAUAUCCCAUGCUUUUUGCCACCAGUACCGAGAACUACAGCUUCAGCAGGGUAAAGGGCCUACACUGCAGUAUUGGUUUUUAUUCCUUUCCAAGUGUUUUCAGAAAAAGUAGUACAAAUAUUGAACUUACAACAAUUUUAGACCUUUUCAAAGCAACAACCUAACUGUGAAUGACUUCUGGUGCUUUAACAUGUUAUGAUACUGGUUUGUUUUGAACGUUCAAAUAGGUUUUAAACUAGACGUUAUCAUGUUCUGUAUGUUUGUUUGUUCGUUCCAAAUCCUCAUUUUUAAUAAAUUAUCAAGUCAGAAAGAUGCACCCAAACAAUACAGAAAUCAGACUUUUGAGUACUGAAUAAAAGGUGCCUCUGGGCUUCUGAGCGACAGGGGUCUAAAGGUUGUGCCCCAUCCUCGGGAGAUUGAGGGUUCAAACCCUUACAAUGCUGCAGCCUGAGAGAACCUAAUUAAUCCUAUGGCGUCUUUUAAGAGAUUUAAAUUUUUAUUUAAAAAAACCAAAAAACAGUUGCUGUUAUGCUUUCAGCUAAUAAUGUCAAUACCACAGCACUGAAUUCUUAAUUCUGAUUGGUUGGUUAGGGCGGUGUGUGUGGGUUUUUUUUUUUAACUGAAAUGUACAAUUAAAACGCCACAAAUUGAUUAAAAAUAUGCUUUUUAAUACACCAAAGUUCUCUAUGAGGAGACGUUUAAUAUCUUUACAGUCUCCAGUACCUGCGUUUUUGGAACAGAGGUAAAACUUGUAACUUUUUCAUUUUCCGCUAUGGAAUUGUUUGGUUUAUUGGUAAAAUUUUUUUUGGGGGGGUGGGGUCUGUUCAAUAGGCAGGUGGAUGAGUGAACAACUGCUUAACUCUACUAUAACCAAGUUGUUUCACGGAUAUUUAACUUAAUUUAUUCAUUUGCAGUUACACUUAUUACCGGUCAUUCUACCGGGGGGAUUUUAAUCAUUGGCAAAUUGCUAAUGUCAAAGAGGAAAAAAAAAAUUUCAUAAAAUGUUAAGAAGAGGAGGACUAUAUCAAUAUUAAAUAUUCAUUGAAUUAGAAAAUAAUUUCAAUGCUUCAAUACUGAGAUUCUGUAUCAGGUGGGUGUAUCUGUUACAUGCUUAAAGGAACAGUCCACCGUACUUCCAUAAUGAAAU